CCUAUAAUUAAAAGAGAAAAAAACCCACAGGCCUAAUGGCCAAUAGCCCAGGCGGCCACUAACUCCCCAUCAUUACCUGUUGCAACGACAAGCUGCGAAAGAACAUUUUUAGUUAUGAAGAUAGUCAAGAAUGAUCUUCGAAAUCGGUUGAGUGACCAAUUUAUGAAUGAUUGUUUAGUUGUGUAUAUUGAAAAAGAUUUUCUUUGCAGUAUAAGUGAUUAAUGUAUUUUAGAGGCAUUUCAGCAGAUGAAAAGUCAUCGUGAUUCGUUGUAAACAUGCCAUUGUGAACUUUAUGAAUUAAUUUUUUUUAUUUCUACUUAAUUUUUUAUUUAAUUUAAUUUAAUUAUUAUUUUAUUUUAUUGGCGACACACCUCUCUGACAAUCCUGGGUCCGCCACUGGCUAAGCACAAAACAUGCACAACCCCUAAGUUGCUAAGCACAAGCAUGCACAAUCAUGGUGAAUAAUGCCUCAACAUUGAAUUGAACAAUACCCAAUAACAAUCAUCCAAACCACAUACAAGAAAACUACAUGGUAGAGUUAGGGUUUCACUACACCCAAGUGAAAGGAGGUCUACUCCAUGGUAGAAUUGGAAGAACAAAAUGGGAAAAAGGUGGAAACCAUCUUUGGGGAUGCCUCCUCUCUUCUUGACCCUUGAGUUGAGCUUUCCUUGGGGAAAUCUUCCCAAAAAUCUGCCUUCAAGCCAAACCCUAACCUUCUUCUUCCCUUUGGUUCUGUUUCUCUCACUAGAAUGCUGAAUGAGGUGUUUCUCACAAAAGUGGGCUCUCCCCUCUCUCCUCCUUUCAGCUCAGCUUUUAAACCCGAGAAGAGCUGAGUUCACGGCCGUAAACCAUCAAACGCGUCCGUGAACUCAAGGCGUGCGACAAAACACUCCGCAUCGCUCACGUCCGUUCACGGGCAACUGCUUGUGUUCACGGUCUUAGUGACCGUGAACUCACCUUGCGUCAGUAACCUUCACAUUGGCUCUGGACGCCUAGCGAUUCACAGUCAAGUCCCCUUCUUCACGGUCUUGCAAAAUCGUGAACUCCUUCAGUUAACCGUGAACUGGCGCUUUUUCACAUCUUCUUUCGGUUUUCGAUCCUUUUCGCCAAUCUUUCGACUCUGAGGCUGGUGUCACCUAUUAAAUCCUGAAACAUGAAGAACCUAGCGUAAAACCGACCUUUAAGGAGUGAAUUUGGCACAAACAUCUAAGUAAAACGGGGGCAAAUAUGUGCAAUUAGGCUCGAAUCACAGAUCUGCCUGCAAAAAACUUUUCUUUGGUUUUCAUUAAAAACCUGUCGAAUCUCUGUCCGGAUCCUUAAAAAAAUGGCUGAUUUUGUCGAAGAAGAGGGUAUUGGCUAUGAUGACUAUCAAGCGGUAUGUACUCAUUUUACCUAAUUUUUGUUGUUAUUGUAAUGAUUUUAUUUAAUUUAUAUACUAAUUGAUUUAUGUUGUUGUUAUGCUAUCGUAGGUUGGGCCGGAUGUUGAUAUAUACAAUCAACGAUAUUAUAUUGAUCAAGGACCGAUUGAUCUGACUGUUUUGUACGACCAAUCCAGUCAUCGUUCAAGGGACGUUUGGAACGACCACAAGGUACAUAUUAUUUAUCAUCACUUGUAAUUUUUAUUUUGUUAACGUAAUUUAUUUGUUUGUAAGAUAAAUUACUUAAUUAUUAAUCGUAUUGAUUAAUUUCAAUAAUUUAAAUCAAUACAAUACAACACUUAUUUAGACUCUUUAUAAAGAAAUGCAUGUCUAAGGAAAUAGGGUCUUAAGCGAUCAUCAUGAUCCUCCCAUUUUCUGGGAAAAUCGGGUUCUAAGCGAUCCUCGGAUCACCCCUUUUUCUGUCAAACAGAAUGUAUUUCUAAAGAGAUGUAUACCUCUCCUAACAGUCUUGUGAGUGUACUUGCAUUGCUCAAAUUCUUUUGAAAACAACCAAAACGAAGUACAAAAUGAUAUAUUUGAUUUUUAUGUGUAGUGUACAAAAAUAAUUUUACUUAAAUUUCGAAAAUAGUAUUCAUUUUAGUUAGCUUAAUAUUAAUGUUUAUUAAAUUAUGUCUAUUUCUCGGAAACAACCUUGAUUUCAUUAAUUGAUAUUGUUUUUUAUAAUAGAUUUAUAUAUGUAUAAAUCAUAAACUUAUAUUGAAAGUUAAAUUCUUCCCUAGGAUGCAUACCAUAUAGUCUGCUAUAGGGGUACGACGAAUGUGUUUGAAUGGAAUGAUGUCAUCUUGCCCUUUCUAAAAAUGGAAAGAUUGGAUCCCAUUAGGCACUUUAAUGGAAUAAAGAUCGACCGCCAACUCAUCACGAGAUUGGUAGAGAGAUGGCGAAAGAAUACACAUUGCUUCAAUUUUCGUGAAGGCAAGUGCACCAUCACACUUAAGGAUAUCGCCAUCCUAACCGAUUUACCCAUCGAUGGCGAUGUUAUUUGUGGGGAAAAAUCCCAGAAUACACUAGUUAGUAAAAAAAUUUCCCAAAAUACAGUACUUAUGAAAAUAUUUCCCAAAAUACAGCAGUUUGGGUAUCACCGUUGCGGACCAACACAGUGAAUUGCAUCACCGUUUUUGCCAAAAACGGUGAACCCUUCACCGCUGUCGUCCAAAACGGGGAAGUGGCGCAGAUCGCUGACGUGGACACGCGCGGGCACUUCACCAUUUUGAACAAAAGCGGUGAUAGCUCGCGCUGUCCACAUCAUCGAUCCGUGCCAUCCGGGCGCUUUACUGUCACUGGUUUUUCUCCCAGAUCCGACACCUCAAACCAAGCCACGUCAGCGAUCCGCGCAUUUCACCGCCCUCGAGAAUCGCGGUGAAUGCUUCACCGCUUUGGACCAGAGAGGGGAAUGCUCUGUGGUCCCCCUAUAAAUACCACCUCAUCCCCCCUCAUUCCAACCCACACCACCACUUUUAUACUUCUUUCUCCCUCCAUUACUUCACUCUAGUCUCGUUCUAAGUAUGCUUUGUGGUUGCGGCUAAGUCCGAUCUUCCACAUCAAAAAGAAUUACUAGAGUUGUAAUUUUGUUUUAAAUCUUUUGCUCUAAAGUUUCGUCGAUACUCUCUCCAGCUUUUCGACAAAAAAUGGACGAAGAGGCUCUGAGAGUACGAAAAAAAUUUCACCUUUGUUGAUGUUCUUUUAAAUGGGUUUGAAAUAUUCUAAUUUCAUUUCAUAUUUGUUUACAGAUGGGUGCUGAGAUAUACGACCCUUGUUUGUAUAUCGAUCCUGGCCCAAGGGAUCGCAAAUAUUUAAACAAGCAAGAACAACAUCGCUCCCGUGCAAUUUGGGACAAUAAUCCGGUAGACACUAUGUCUGUACCGUAUAAAUUUUUAAAUUAUUUCAAUAGGUUAGAAGUUUUUUUUUUAACAACAUUGUAUUUUUUUUGUUUUGUAGGAAUCACUUAUUCCCAUCAGUCAUCGAUGGGCAUGUCGAUUUCCUAAUGGCAUCCUUGUCUCGAGCCCUAUCUAGAAAGGACGAGAUUGCACAUGCUGAGGCAUUUCAUGCGGCUUGAUAUCGACAACGAUCUUCUUACGGCAAUGGCAGAGCGAUGGCGCCCCGAAGUGCAUACCUUCCACUUUCCCGAGGGGGAAAUGACGAUCACCCUCAGAGAUGUUGCCCUACUCACCGGGCUGCCGGUCAUGGGAGAGGCCAUCAUCGACAACUCAAGUAAACCCGAAGGUGGUUGGGGGUCGUUGAUUCUCGAGUUUUUGGGGUUCAACAUGCCGACCACAACGCCCAUUCAAGGGGUUGGGCAUCCACCGCUCAAUGCGGGGCAAGUUUCAAUCCCGUGGCUUGUUGAACACAUCCAACAGGAAGUGAAUUUAGGGCCAGACACCCCCGAAGAUCAGGUGGAGCGAUAUGCACGCGUCUACCUCAUUGGAUUGGUUGGUGUAUUUCUGUUCCCCGACAAGACAACCCAGUGGAUUCAAGGCAUGUGGUUGCCGUUGCUCCUCGGUGAUUGGGACGAGAUCGGGGGAAAGAGUUGGGGGUCGGCCGUAUUGGCUGGGAUCUACCGAGAGCUGUGCACUUGCUCGUGGUUGGGAGCGAAACAAGCUAGAGGUGCGAUGUUCAUACUCCAACUCUGGGCAUGGGAGCAUUUUCCAAUGUUCGCUCCCUGAGACCCGCGGGAAUUUUGGGGUCCGGAUGAGGAGCUACGCUUUCUAGCGAAUCCCCCUAUGGUGUCAAGUAAGAUUAAUUUACAUGCUAAUUUUAUUCCAAGUAUGCAAUUUUAGUAUUUUAGUGAAUUUAGAGAAUUUAGUUAUUUUAGUGAAUUUAGAUACAAUCCAACUAUGCAAUUUUAGUAUUUUAGUGAAUUUAGUGAAUUUAGAUACAAUCCAAUUAUGCAAUUUUAGUAUUUUUGUGAAUUUAGUGAAUUUAGAUACAGUCCAAGUAUGCAAUUUAGCAAAUUUAGAUUCAUUCCAGCUAUUUAGCUAAUUUAGUGAAUUCUCACAUGCAUAGCAACGCAUAUAUUCUUUUAAAAUAUCUUGUAUACGUACUUUUUCUUAAUAAGGUGGAUCGGAGCAAAUACAAACGACCACCAUCCCGAGCACUCCUUACUGUUUUAUCGUGCUGAGUUUGAUAAGCCUUGGUGGAACCAGGUAAAAAUGUCAAAUUGGAUCAUUUUAAAAAAUUUAAAUGGAUUAGGUUGCAAUUUGUACUAAAUUCAAAUCAUUAAUGAGUGUAGGUGACAUGGGAUCCAUAUCCACCUCAAGUCAUCGAGAUUCAUCGCCUUAGACACCCCCAGGAUGUAGAGACGUGGUUGUGCAAGGUGCCCUUGAUCUGUUGGCACAUGGUGUAGUGGCACCUGCCGGAUCGAGCAUUGAGGCAGUAUUGGAUGGAGCAAAUAAUUCCAUCAUCCCCACCUCAAAGGUUCAAAGAGCUCCAUGCCAUCGACCUACGGCACAAAUGAAAGAAUUGGAUCUACAAGCAUGAGUUCUACAUCAACAUUUGGGAGAAUAGAAUGAAUUGGGCUAUCCAAGGUUUACCGGAGACGAGGCCAAUGGGGUACCACGAUGGAUACAUGGUAUGGUAUCGGAAAUUCACACUUAGAUGGGUGUCAAAGUAAGGUGCUGUGUGGGGAGCGGUGGUAAGUGUUUCCAAUUCUUAAUCUUCGUCAUAUUCUUAUGCUUUUGUCCCUAGAUUACAUGCUUAGAUUUGAGUCAUGGCAAUUAACUUGAUUAGAUUAAUUUAUUGCAUUUUCUAAUUAUUUGUAUUAGGUUGAUGGCUUGGAACAUGCCAAGCACACUAUCAAGAGUGCAGCUACCAUGGACGAGCGGAAGACAUCUUUCCUACGAAGGCUUUUCAACAACCUGCUCAGCUGUACGCGAGAGCAAAGGAGGGAUGUCAUCGUAUACCCUUCGGUGCCUGCUCCGCCUCGACCUUAUUUCCGUGAUGAUGAGUGACUCGCUAAAAAACAACACCUAACAAUGGCCACGUGUAACCAAUGAAAGGGACUGCAGUAUAGUGGCACAAGUAAUAAAUAUCGAAUCCACGGGUCUCUAGAGUUACUAUUACUCAGCUUCAGCUCAUUAUCUAGCAAACUAGAUUAAGGAUUGAUUUACUAAACUACUCUACUAAUUACAAGUUGGGAACUCACUUAGGUAUGAUUCCCCCUAGCUCCUCAAUUAGGUCCAAGUUGCAAUUACCUUUGGUUGAUCUACUAUUGAUUAAACUGCGGAAGAUCCU